AUGCGUUUUGCAACAGGUCUGCCUUGCAAUACCUUGUCAUGUUCUAUUCGCGAGGAAUCCACAAAUCGCCGCUUUAGCGUCUCUUCCAGCGAGGCGGGAGAUCUAGAUGCAAGUGUCUUGUCCGUUGCCCCGCGCCCACGGUCGGCCUCACGGGCUGUAUCUGGUUCGCGUGAUGCAAACAGUAGCAUGUCGCCGACGGGGAGAGCUCGCAGCCUGGGUAGCUGGCUGAGGACUCGAAAAAUUACCAACCUUUACAUCACUUUAUCCUCGCUGAAAUCUUAUGUGGAGGUCAAUUACUCUGGCUUCAGCAAGAUUUUGAAAAAGUAUGACAAAGUCGUGUAUGGCGAACUCAAAGACCGUUACAUGCACGAAGUUGUAGAAACCUCUGCACCCUUCACGGAAGAGUCGAAAGCCAGAAUGUCAGAUGCCAUCUCCCGACUCACCGAGCUCUAUACCAAAUGCGUGACAAAUGGAGACAAGUCGACAGCACAGCAGCAGCUGAAACUAUACCAGCGCGAACACAUUGCAUGGGAGCGGAAUACGGUCUGGCGUCAGAUGAUCGGGCAACAACGACACGGUACUAUGAACGGAUUAGGUGCUCUCAUGGGCGCUACGCUGGUGCAACAGGAAGAAAGCAGCCUUAUUAAUGUCCCGACUCCUCUCGGAAGUCUGAAGUUGACAAAGAAGAGGGUGUCACUCGCUGCUGCGCUAGUUGUGUUCAUCGCUUUACUGAAGAUAGACAUCGUUGUUGGUGAAGAGGCCAAUAAGUGUUUUGCCAUACUUGCAUUCAGCACUAUAUUGUGGGCAACAGAGGCGAUACCGUUGUUCGUGACGUCGCUUUGCGUCCCCCUCCUGUUGGUAUGCUUACGGGUUAUACGUGAUGACAAUGACACUGCCUUGUCUACGCCUGAUGCAACAAAGUAUAUAUUCUCUGUUAUGUUCUCGCCCACAAUCAUGCUUCUGAUCGGAGGAUUCACAAUUUCAUCGGCUUUGAGCAAAACCAACAUAGAUAGGAUUUUAAUCACGAGAGUUCUGAGCUUGGCGGGUUCAAAACCUAGUUCCGUGCUUCUUGCCUUCAUGGGCGUCUCCUGUUUUGCGAGUAUGUGGAUCAGUAAUGUUGCAGCUCCAGCAUUGUGCUUCACUCUCAUCCGAGUAAAUGAUAUGCGUCCUAUGUCCGCAGCAACAAUUAUCUGAUUUUUACUGUCUUCAGCCGAUCCUGAGAACGCUGCCCCCUGGUUCGGCUUUUGCGCCAGCACUAAUACUCGCUAUCGCCUUGGCCGCUAACAUAGGUGGUCAGAGCUCCCCGAUAUCGUCUCCACAGAAUCUGAUUGCCAUCGCGGCGAUGGAUCCUAAACUCGAUUGGGCGAGUUGGUUUGCUGUGGCACUUCCGGUGUCCAUAAUUUCUAUCUUGCUCAUCUGGCUGCUAUUGCUUGUGAUGUACCGUCCUGCUCGUUCGCCUGACGGGGAAGGAGAGAUUGAGAUACGGACUAUCCGCCCAACAAGGGAAUCCUUCACCCUCAAGCAGUAUUGGGUUACGUUCGUCUGCUUAUUCACGAUUACUCUCUGGUGUUUUGAGCACAAAAUCGAGGGUCUUUGUGGGAGAUAUGGGUGUUAUUGCUAUCAUCCUGAUCGUCGCCUUUUUU